AUAUUAUUGAGAAUAAUCGAUUAUGGAACAAAUGAAUUUUCAGCAAGAGCCAUUAAAGAAUACUUUUCACAAGCCUAGCUUGGAGAAACCAGUUAAAAGCCUCAGUGAAGACCAAAAGGGAUUUGCCGAUAGGUGCAGAAUGCUGAUGGUCCCUAAACACUGCUUCAAUCUUGAAAUGCUUUCUCUUGAUGCUGAUAUGUCUGAAAUAUCAGAUGAGACCACUCCUAACCUAGUCAAGGGGUAUAAUACCUGUUCGAGCCAGAGGCCUAAUAAGCUAGUCUCUGAUAAAGGCCAUGUUAGAGAUUUCAUGAAUUUCCGAGCGGAAAUGAAGAAGGUUCCGGAUCUCACAGUUUCAAGAAGGCUAUUUAAGCAAAAAGUCUAUAAAUCAGCGAUUAUUCCGAAUAAGGAGUUGAAAAAACAUCAUGAAUACUUGUGAAAUUCUGAGUCCCAGAAAGUCAAUAUGGAUUUCUUAAAGCCAAAAAUGACUUUAAAAUCUCCUGAAGGGAAAAUGAACUCAUGGCUGGAAGAAAGAACUCAAAAGGACCAGAAGUUGGCAUCAAACUCUUCAAAGGCAACAAAGAUGACUCUGUUUCAGAGUAGAAGAGGAAGGGCUUAUCUUCAGUCCAGAUCAGUGACUAGGAAGGUUUCAUCGUCGAAAAUUCUCCAUUUGUUAAAGAGUACUCCUAAUAAUUAA